GUGGGUCGCGGGAGCCCCGGCAGCCGCUCCCUGCUCGGCAGGGAGGGGAGGGCGGAGGGGACGCGGGUGCCCGCCGGCGGCACCCCCCGCCCCAGCCCGCCCCGGCCCGCGGGCGCGCCUGCGCUCCGCCCGGGGAGGCGGGGGCGGCCGAGGGGGACCCGGGGUUGGGUGACAGCCGGGGCGGGGGCGCAGGGCCCGGCUGGCUCCCCGGCCGCCCCCCCUCACCCCCGCGCCGCAGGCACGAUCGGCAGCGACCCCCCGGAGCUCUGUCACCGGCGUCGGCGGCGCGGAGAGCGGAGGAUGCGGGCGGCGGAAGGGCGGCAGCGGCGGCGGCGGCGGGCAGCGCUCCCCCGCGGCGGCCGGGCUGGCCGCGGGGCCCCGGCGGGCGGCUGCUGAGCGCGGCGCGGCGGGCAUGCGGCGGCGGGGAGCAGGAGCCAGCGGCAGCGGGGUCGCCCCGGCGGACGGGCGGCACCUGCGGCGAGACUGAGGGAGGAUGGAGCCACAAAGGACUUUGGCUGACGGGCGCGGCGGGGCGGCCGGCGGCCGCGGCUAGGGCCACCCCCCUCCCCUCCCUCCUCCCCUCCCCGCCAUGCUGCGCUCCCGCCGGGCCCCUCACCGCGCUCGACGCGCGGCGGCGAUGGAGCCGGCCGGGCGCCUCUGAGGCGGCGGCCGGACCCGGCAUGGCCUCGGCGGGGACCCCGGCGCAGCGGCGCCCCGGGGCGGAGCGGCCGGCGGCGGCGGGGGGCCGGGCGGAGGCGCCGCGGUGCCGCAGCCUGCCCGCCAUCGGCGGGGCGGCGCCGCGGGGCGACGGGGCCGCGCUCGGCUCCCCCCUGGCGGCCGGGGGGGGCGGCGGCGGCCGGGACGCGCCGAGCCCCGCCGCGGGUCCGGCGCCCCAGGAGGGACGGGGCGGGGGCGCCUCCGCCGCCGCCGCCGCCGCCGGGGCUGCCCGCCCCCCCGCCGCCGCCGGCUGCAGCGGCAGCUCCCCCGGCGGGACGGAGCGCGGCCGGCCGGUGGUGCCCGGCCGAGGGGUGUCCCCGGGCCCCCCGCUGCCCCUGCGGCCGCCGCCGCUGCUGCUGGGGGUCCCCCCGGGCAGGGCGUGCCUGCGGGCCGUGCUGGCGGACUCGCGCUUCUUCUUGGUGUGCAUGUGCUUCCUGACCUUCAUCCAGUCCCUCAUGGUCUCCGGCUACCUAAGCAGCGUCAUCACCACCAUCGAGCGGAGAUACAGCCUCAAGAGCUCGGAGUCGGGGCUGCUGGUCAGCUGCUUCGACAUCGGGAGCCUGGUGGUGGUGGUCUUCAUCAGCUACUUUGGGGGGCGCGGACGGAGGCCGCUCUGGCUGGCUGUAGGGGGGUUUUUCAUCGCCCUGGGGGCUGCGCUCUUCUCCUUACCUCAUUUCAUCUCUCCGCCGUACCAGAUCCAGGAAUUGAACUCCUCCAUCAGUAACGAGGGCUUGUGCGUGACUGGCAAUGGCACCGCCAAAGAGCAGUGGGACUCGCCGGCCUGUGUCAAGGACUCCGGUGGAAACGACCACUCUCUCUAUGUAGCUUUAUUCAUUUGUGCCCAAAUCCUUAUUGGCAUGGGCUCGACACCCAUCUAUACCUUGGGACCAACCUACUUAGAUGACAAUGUCAAGAAAGAAAACGCCUCGCUUUACCUAGCCAUCAUGUACGUGAUGGGAGCACUCGGUCCUGCAGCUGGAUACUUGCUAGGAGGACUUCUUAUUGGCUUCUAUGUUGAUCCUAGGACAACUGUUUAUAUUGACCAGAGUGAUCCCCGAUUCAUUGGAAACUGGUGGAGUGGAUUUCUCCUUUGUGCCAUUGCAAUGCUCCUUGUGAUAUUUCCCAUGUUUACCUUUCCGAAAAAGCUCCCUCCUCGACAUAAAAAAAAGAAAAAGAAAAAGAAGAUGAACUCUGAUGAUGUUUCAAGUGAUGAUGAAGUUGUGAAAGAGAAAACGAAUAGCAAAAUACAAGCAGAGAGUGCAGUUCCUGCCUCUAUGGGAUUUGGAAAGAAUGUUAAAGAGCUUCCAAGAGCAGCUGUCAGGAUCUUAAGCAACAUGACAUUCCUUUUUGUGAGUUUGUCAUACACAGCUGAGAGUGCCAUUGUCACAGCUUUUAUUACCUUCAUUCCCAAGUUCAUCGAGUCACAGUUUGGCAUCCCAGCUUCCAAUGCCAGCAUCUACACUGGUGUGAUUAUUGUCCCGAGUGCUGGUGUUGGUAUUGUCCUAGGCGGCUACAUUAUAAAAAAACUGAAACUUGGUGCGAGAGAGUCUGCGAAGUUGGCUAUGAUCUGCAGUGGUGUAUCUCUGCUGUGCUUUUCAACUCUCUUCAUUGUUGGAUGUGAAAGCAUUAAUCUAGGGGGAAUAAAUAUACCUUACACGACUGGUCCCACUCUCGCCAUGGCCCACAGGAAUCUGACUGGAAGCUGUAAUGUUAACUGUGGAUGUAAGAUUCAUGAGUAUGAGCCUGUCUGUGGAUCAGAUGGAAUAACAUAUUUUAAUCCUUGUCUAGCUGGCUGCGUCAACGGUGGAAACCAUAGCACAGGGGUAAGAAAUUACACAGAAUGUGCCUGUGUCCAGAGUCGCCAGGUGAUCACUCCGCCGACGGUGGGGCAGCGCAGUCAGCUCCGUCUGGUUAUUGUCAAAACCUACCUGAAUGAGAACGGCUAUGCUGUUUCUGGGAAGUGUGAUCGAACCUGCAACACGCUUAUCCCAUUCCUGAUAUUUCUCUUCAUUGUCACCCUUAUAACAGCGUGCGCCCAGCCGUCAGCAAUCAUAGUCACUCUCAGGUCUGUGGAAGAUGGGGAGCGGCCCUUUGCACUAGGAAUGCAGUUUGUUUUAUUACGAACCCUUGCUUACAUUCCCACUCCAAUUUAUUUUGGGGCUGUCAUUGACACCACGUGCAUGCUUUGGCAACAGGAUUGUGGCGUACAAGGAUCUUGUUGGGAAUACGAUGUCACCUCGUUUCGUUUUGUCUACUUUGGGUUGGCAGCUGCUCUCAAGUUUGUGGGAUUCUUUUUUAUUUUCCUGGCUUGGUAUUCCAUUAAGUGUAAAGAAGAGCAAUUGCAGAGACAGAGAUGGAGGGCUUCACCGGUGAACACUGUGAGUGAGAUGGUUGGCCAAGCUGGACCCCAACAAAACUAUGCACGGACUAGAUCCUGCCCUACCUUCAGUUCCCGAGGAGACAUCGGUGUGGCACAAGGAAUGAACUGCGUAGCACAGACAUACCCCGGCCCUUUUUCAGAAGCAAUAAAUUCCUCAAAUGAAAAUGCAUUGGAAGAAGUCACUGCUGAGAUAUAGACCCCUGGCUUGGUAAUGUAAUAUUUAGUUUUGUUGGUUGACUUAAUUACGGCGCCUUGUAAAACAACUGUGCCUUCUAUUUUUAAUCUAAAUGUAACACGUGAUAAAACCAACAAAGCUUAAUGCAAACAACCAUAGUAUGUUCCUGAGGGCUGGAUACCUCAAACCAACCCAAGCUCUUAUUUCUCCCCUCCUGACAAUGGAGUUUUAAAAAUUGUGUUUGUAAUUAUUUCAGAUGUGUCCAUUAAAUGUCCAUGCUCUGAUCUGAUAUCAAUGUAAGGGUGAGGUAUUAUGAACAGCAGAAGUCAGUGGAAGAGUGACAAAAACUCAUAUCGUUGAUGUCUAGACGCCAUAAAAAUGCUUAAAUGUAUCGUCAACUUUGUAUCCGCAAAUCAUAUUUUUACGAGAUGAGUAAUUACUGUGAGUUCUGCUACAAAGCACAACUGAACUUGUUUAAACUAUGCAACUUAUUUGGAUAAUUGUAUGUGCAGCAAAUUAAGUUUAAAGUUUGCUUUUAAAGACAUAACUGCAACUGAAUUUGAAAGGGGCUAUUUUCAGACAUAAGCAUUAAAUUAAAAAGAACACAAGGUUUAAAGUACUGUUAAUAACAUGUUAAGCCAUACAAACGUUAUGCAUCAGGUAACCUUUGCAAAUGCUGAGUUGUGGUUUCUUUAUCCUGUCAAAAUGUGCAUUGAUUUUCAUUUGAUGGGAUAUAGUUAUUCUUCACAAAGUACACAGGCUAGGAAAGCAUAAUGCUUGGAGUAAAAAACUUCAGUAUUAAUUUAUAAUAACAUUAGGAUGUAGGAAUCAUACACACACACCAGACCGGAUAUGUGCAUAUUUCUGUAAUGUUAUUUGGGUGGCCGUCACUAAGCACCAAAUCCAUACUUUUCCAUAAGAAGAAAAUAACCAGUUAUAGCUUCAUAGGAAGAGCUUGGCUGACCUUCAGAAAUGCAUGCCAGUCUAGUUCAGCUUUGGUGAAAGAAUCUCAAGGGAGAGCUGAUGGCCUCGUUUCGUGUCUGAAGUGGCCACCUGGGACCCGGCAAGCCCUCGCAGCCAGCGAUGGUGCAGGGCUCAAGCUGGCACCGCUCGCUACCUGCCGCAGGAGCGAAAAGAGAGACCUUCAGGUGGGCUGCAGGCAGCCUACCUGCCAUGGUGCCUGGUACGAGGCUUUCCCUUACACUCCUGGCACCUCCAGCAUGCUGUGCUCCCCACCACCGAGGACAGCUGGGGAGGGGAUGGCGGCUUAGAGCCCAGCUCCCUCUUGUUUCUGCCCCACUUCUGCCUCUCCCCUGCCCGGUGCUGAACAGGCGGUGGGACAGGCCUGGAGGUCAUAGUUGCAUGGUUUGUCCCACACAUGGCCACCUUUCCUUUUCUCAGCUUCAUUGAAUGCUCCUGUGAAGACAAAGGGUGAGUCGCCUCUCCUUUGCCCUCCCAGGGGAAGAGCUAAGAAUAGAAACUGUCUGUAAGCAUGGAUCCAUGGGAUGUGAUGUGGCCUUUGCUUGUUCCAAAUUACUGUAGUGUGUUUUCUCCCCAGGAGAUGGUGAGACUUUCUAAUCGAACGUACUUGGCAUCUCAUUUCUUACUCUGGAGGCUUUGUAGUGCCAUGCUUAUGAUGUACUAACAUUUCAAAGGGCAGAGAAUGAUUUCAGGUGGACGCUAAGAAGUCAAAGUUGUAUUUUGCCCCGCAGGGAAAGUCUUAGAAGCCUAGGAAAUGAAAAGCACUCUUUUAAGAGGACUCAGUGACAGGCAGGUUUGGAUUUUGCAAUGUGGGGGUUUGUGUGAAAACAAAUAGAAGAGAGCAGAACUUCUACAUGUUUUUGAACAGUUAUUCCUCAUUUAAUUUUUAAUGUAUCAAUGAUUUAAUUGAUUAAUGAUCAAACAUUAUAUGGAACCAAGUCCUUGAAAUUAGACAGUACUCUCCUUGGCAUCCAUUGAGUUGUUCUGGGAAUUGUAAAUUUCCCUCUUAUUAUCCUUUGCCAGCUGCCUUCCCUCCCCUCCUGGAUCUCCUUGACUGGCACGUGGGGCUGAUUCCCCUGCUUGAAAUGGUGGCUGCUUAUUUCAGAGUGUCGCAGUCCAUUUACGUGGCUUACAACAACUUCCACUCUCUGUGGCUGCAAACUCAGAUGCUUCUACUCCAAACUACAACAUAGAGGAAUAAGGAAUAUAGUUUUAAUCACCUCAAGCUAUUCUAUACAUCUUAAUAGCUUUUUGGGAUCAAGCCACCAGGCACAACGCAUCCUCAGUCUUGUGCCACCUGAGAUUUUAAGCUUCUACAAUUCUCAUCCUGAAGAAUAAAUUUCCUUGGCUCAAAGGUAUUGGGUAUAUUUUUUUUUUUUUGCCAGAGGAGAUGAGAAUAGAUGAUAAAAAUGUCUCCUUUUGCUCCAGUCUCAAAUGCUUUUUGCACCAAGAAAUUCGGGCCAUGGCAAAAAUUUAAGCAAAGUAGUAGGACAAAGUGUAAUUGCAGCCCAUCACCCAUCCAUUUCAGUCACUUGCCCAUUUUAAUCAGCACGGGAUGAGGUGAAGAGCGACAAUCUUUUCAAAUACCUCAGAAACAGAGUAUUAAGGGAAUUGUAAAAGGCUGGAAAUGAAUCAUCUAUCCUGAUAUAUUCUGUUACAUGCUUGUGUGUACUUCUGUUCCAUGUGGAUAAGAAGGGAGAGCAGAUUAGGCUUGUAGGAUUGUCAGGAGCUGACUGAUGGCAGAGGAUGAGAGUGAUAGAAGUGACACAUCUGCAACUGCUGCCACUUCUGAGCUGAUUUCAAGGAAACUGCCCAGGGAGGCUGUGGACUCUCCUUCCCUGGAGAUGUUCAAAACCCACCUGGACGCGUUCCUGUGCCCCCUGCUCUGGGUGUGCCUGCUCAAGCAGGGGGGUUGGACAAGGUGAUCUCCAGAGGUCCCUUCCAACCCCUACCAGUCUGUGAUUCUGUGAAAUUCAGGGCUUGUUGGAAUGGAGACCUCCUGCUUUUUAGGAAAGCCUGACACACUUUUAAAAACAUUCAUUUUUUGAAAUGUUUGAGAAACUGGAAUGUGGAGGGAAAGAUGUUCUCUUUGGAAAUAUUGAAAUAGCCUUGUUUACGUGCUAUCAAUAGCCUUUUAAGUUUCUUUUCAGAAUUAUAUGCAAAAAAACCCCAUAACAUAACAUAAAAAUCAUUAGUAUUUUUUGAUAUAGAUAAUUUUAACAAUAUUUCUACAAAAUCACUUAAUUAAAUCAGCACCUUCUGAAAGAAAGAAAACCCAAACUCUGGCCAGUUUUCGAUUGAUUCCUGAGGGAGACUUUAUUGUGAGUAAACUGUAACAGUCUAAACCAAUAAAGGCAUGCAGGGGAAACACAUUAACUUCCUAAAGAAGUGAAUUCCAGCAUUGUCAGCGUUGACUGAAAUGUGGACUGAGACCUGCUGAACAAACACUAUUUUCUGAGGUUGUCAUUGCUGAAGGAAGCAAAACUGCCAGAGAAUUUGUGUGCAUCCCUAGCAGUAGUCAUGACUGAUGUGUGGUGCUAAACUAACUCACAGGAAGGAAAAAGGUGCUUUAUCUAUCACACAGUGAAGGUGGCCAUGCUAUCUUCCUGCCGUGAAACCCUCUGACCAGGGAAUAUAAAAUUCCAUUGACUUGUAAUGUCCAUCACCUUCCCUCCCCACCCCAAACAUUAAAGUUUGGAUAGCAGUGAGCACAAGAAAAUGUAAAGCAGGGGUCUACAGUUUGCUAUCAGCAGCAAACCCAAGUUGUCUACCUGCAGUUAACCGGCCAGGAAUAUUAUGAAGCAGCGACACCCUGCGAUUAACUACAAGUCCACAAAGUGCCAUCAUGUCACCACAAGGACAGACUAAAUUCCUCUUACACCACUUAUUCCUGAUGUAGCAUGAGGGACAUGAGAAGAGAAGUAGCCUCAAUAUAUGGACUUGACUGAACAGGUAAUCGUCCCUGCUUAGGCUCCCAUUCAUCCCUGUUUCGCCAAAAAGGGCAGAACUUCAGAAAGGGCAUAGCCAUGGCCUUGGGUCCUUAUGAGUGUAGCACCCUCAAGAGAUGGCUCAUAGAGCUUUCGGGGGCUGUGGUCUUGUCUGGAAUAUCUGGAAAGUGGGACCCUGUAUUUCUAAUUCUAGGCAAAAGCCCUGUGGUUUUGGUCCUCCUUUUUCCCCAUGAACAUACUGGAUAUAGUAUGGUAUAAUUUGGGACUAGUGGCAUUUUAUGUCCUUUCAGUACAGUGUGAGCAGCUGCAAGAAACAUGCUGAAUAUUAUGGUGCAUUUUAUAUUUAAUUGGAAACUUUCAGUUCUUUGACCAGCCAUUGUAUCUUUAAAAGGGCAUGUAAUAACAUGCAGUUCCUCAGAACCUGAUGUUCUGUAAGUGAAGCAGGGGCACAAAUCUCCUCCUAGGUAUUAGAAAUGUAAGUUUGAAAGCCCCUAAAUCAGUUACAAACACUAGAGUAUGUUUUCAAACAUAUGUUACCUGUUUUUAAAAAUCUAGCUUAUUAAUUCAUAGUAUUAACUAUUCAUUCAUUACGGCUCUGAUCCAGCAGAACACUUACAUAUGUGUGUAAGUUUAUAUACUUAAGUAAUACACUUAAAAAUAACACAUGUGUGUAAGUAUUGGACCGAAUCCCAUUUGCAUUCAGAAAGGAGUUCCUUUACCCAAAGAGUAAUUUCCAUGCUCAGUUUUUUUCCCCAUGGAUUCAGUGAUCGUUAUAACCAGAAUAGCACAAAGUAGCACUCAAGUAUUCCCGUGACACUCGUGUGUAGCUAGUUAUAUACCUGGCAAUGGAGGAAAGCUUUCAUUUUCAAAUAUAAUUAAAAUUUGAAAUAUUUUGUGGACAUGCUCAAAGACACAUUCUAGCUCUUCCUGCCAUUCACUUAUUUUAUGAAUUUCUGGCUGAAAAUCUGUGCAUUAUGUGGGGAUUUGAUUAAAUAAAGACAUCUUUCUGACUUUAAAGCCAAUGAAAUUGCUCAAGUAAUGCUGUAGGUUCGGAUUGUGCCCUUCCACAGAAUUUGGACCUAGAGGUACAGGUGACAAAUUUUCAGUAUCCUGCACAAGCGGAGCCGGGCGCUGCCUGUUCUGUAUAACUCCAGACAGCAUGGCUGGGAGAGGGGUCAGCACCUUCUGUACUGUUCUUGCAGAUUUUCCCCCCAAAUGCUUGAAUUAUUGCUGCCUUACUACACGUUCUCUGUGUGUGUAAUACCACAGCUCUUCAUAGUGUUAUAUUGACAUAAAACUGAUGAAAAAUAGGUCCAAAGUGUCUUACUGCUAUUUUGGAGCCAGAUUCUCAGCCUCAUCAGUCCAAUGAUGAGGCUGAAGAACUGGGCCAGUACCUUGGGUUAGAUGUUAACAAGCUGGCGCUUUAGCAUGUGUGCGUGAACUAAGUGAUAUCAAGUGCUUGUUUAGCUUUUAUACUCUGUUCACUGGUUACUGCUACUGUUCUCAGAGGUCAAAGACAAAAUAUUUUUUAAACAAGUUUAUCUUUUCCUGUUUUCUCGAUAAUGUGUCUUUUAUAACGGCAUAGGAGAUGCCAUGCUGCAUGCUGCAGGGCCUGGGUUCCCCCAGCUGAAGCCAUCCAGCUAUGAUUGCUUUCCAGGGGCUUAAAAUAUCUGGUAGCAGAGAUUUAUCUGGCCUGGAAUCUGAAUUGGCAUCGCUUUGGACAGAGUGUUUGCCCUCUUGUAGAUUGAACCUGUAUCGACGCAUUUCAGGUUCUUCACAUAUUUUACUUGAUUUUAUAGACAUUUUUAUCCUUUAGAGUGCUUAGAAGAUGGGCAGUUGACAUUACGGUGGUAGAUUCAUUCUUUGGUAUAGAAUGAGGGCUUUCUUUUUUUGUUGUUAUAACACCUUGUUUUACAAAUAACAGUUCAAAAAGGUCACAUGUAAACAUUGUCACAGAGUAGAGAUGUGGAGCCUUCAGCAUGGGGACUAGGUAUGGCCGGGGUUCACAUGAUUCUUCUUCUUUACAGUGAAUAUCACUAGUGCAUGUUAUUUUGUGGCCAAAGGUUUGAAAGCCUACCUGAUCCUCAGGAAGGACAUUUUCCCUAUCCUUUCCACAGAAUAUAUUACAUAAAUUAAGGAGGACAGUUAACACCAUCCGUAUCCCGUAGCGAUAUCCAUUACAUUAACUACAGUUAAUAACUGUAGUUUUUAGCAACCCCCGCUCCAGUCCUUCAGAUAAGCUAUUUUCUUUUUAAUUGCUACAGCCUUUUAAACACAGAUGUAGCUCUGCAAGUUCUAAGUAGCUCCAAACUUUUCUUGACUUCAAGUGUUAUGAAAUAGAUGCUUAUUUAUUCAGGUUCCAUUUUGCUCUUCUAAUUCUUACAUUAUCUGUUGUUUGUACUGUAUUUUCUUAUUUUUUCUAUCUCAAACCAGUUGUCACAAUGUUACCCUGUAACAACAUUUUGUUCAUGAUGUAGAAUAGGUGAAAAGCUGUGGAAUUCAUGAAGGGCUACAAAAAGCAUCCAAAACUUUGUUCACCUCAAGGAAGGGUGAGCCAGCUUGAUAAUCUUUGGACAAAUGACUAAACAACACUGUGGUGCUAAUAGGUACUGAAGUAUUUUAUGAUGUAUCCGCUAUGACUUAAAUGCCGUAUUCAAGGCAUGUCAAUGAUGCAACUGCAUGUGUUUUUGUUCUUAAAGUCUGGACUGCUUCAGCAAAGAGUGGUUUUAAUUCCUGGCGGGCCAAUUCCUACCUACGUCUUCUGUGGGAAAAUAAUUUCAGGAGGCGCUAUAGGAUUUGGCCCAGCACUAGCAGCUAAGGUAAAAGCUAUACAGACCACAGAAAUCUCAUGCAGGAUAUAGUCAUCCUGCUGCAGAGUGUUACUUUCUUUAGUGGCUUUGCGUAAGCAAGGGCUGAAAGUGAAUUCUAUAGUAAUGACAAGAGACACUGGGCUGGGACUGCUUAACCAAACAGCAUUAGUAAGCGUUUGAAUUAAAUUGAGCAUUCAGAUCUAAAAUAUUAAUGUUCUUCCAUGGAAUACCAGAAGGAGAAGGGCAGAAUAAGAGCAAGUUCUACCUCUAGCAAAGUUAAAAGGCCAAAUCUGGUCAACUGUAAAGUGAGCUAUGAUUUAAAACAGAGGGGUUUGGUUUUAAAAUCGUGAGCACAAAUUUUUUUCCCUUGCAUUUUGAAAUCUGAAAGGUAAUUAAUAUGUGUUACUGUGCCUUGACUGCUCGUGCAGAGAAGGCAUCUGUAUCCUAAAUAGCACUAAGAGGUACACCUCCGACUGACAGGUCAGAAAAUUUACCUCUAACAAAUUCCAUCUCUGAAAACACGAAGGGAAAUUUCAAAACAAAAAGAAAUGUACAAAAUCAUCUGGAACUGAGUUCCGGUACACAAAAAAUAAAAAUAA